UCGUUGUAUGUUUUUGUUUUUGUUUUCCGUUUUUUUUUUUAUUUACCAUUGAGUGAGGAACUAACCAAUGGAAACGUUUCGGGUUGCAUGAUUUAUGCACAGUGCUGCAUAGGUACAAAGCGAAAGAUUGUGCACGAUUGUGAACCUUCCAACAUAAAUCUUGUCGACUUUGUUUGCUCCUUUGAAGUUUGCUGGGCUUCAAUACUAUUCACCUCUGUUAACUGUAGUUUGUGCAGCUAAUUGUGAUGAGGUUCUUUAGCACUCAGUAACUUAACAUUGUUUCUCUACGAUUUUCACAGAAUCUUUCGACCUUUAUUUUCCAAAAAAUUCGGAUGGUUAUGCAAUAACAGAUGAUAUUGCCAUACCGGAUAUGACGUCAUUCUCGGUUUGCUUUUGGGUCCAGCUGAUAUAUGCCUCUGGAUCAACAGUGACCUUGUUGUCUUAUUCCAAUUCUGUUUACGAAAAGGCGUUCCUAUUGGAUACUCAAGGAGUGACCAUAAAUAUCUACAUGGACGACGACGGUCAAUUGUACCCGACGCUUGAUCUUAAAGACGAAAAAUGGCACCACGUAUGCAUCUUGUUGGACCAGAUAUUUUCUAAUUUUAGCUUCUACUUUGACGGUGUUCAUACCACUUUGCGGAGUUUUAGACGAGAGAAAAUCCUAAAAGGGGGCGGCACCUUGCUAAUUGGUGCGAGGAGGACUAAGUCGAUCGGCCAAAUCACUCACCGCAUGAGCGGAAGGUUCAGUAACCUGAACAUAUGGGACAGAUACCUGACUGAGGAUGAUUUACACAAAGUCCACCGCAGCUGUGACUUGAACAGAGGAAAUGUCAUGUAUUGGUGUGAACACGUGAUCGCCCCAAUGCUUAGAAACAACGUCAGUAUAGUAUCUUCAUCAACAGAGUGCAGUGCUUUGUAUGCCGAUGCAAGCUUUACUAGGCAAGCUAGCUUCAAACUUACGGGACACGAGAUUACCCAGACUACAGUUCGGGACGACUUUACAUGCGCUUUGUACUGCCUGCGGAAUUGUAGCUGCCAAUCAUUUAACUUGUCAAAACAGUCACAUAACCAGUACAUUUGUGAACUGAACAAAGCGACAGACAAACAGUUCCCUGGUGAUCUCGUGUUUAUGGCUGAUGACGAUGUCACGUAUCACACCAUGCUGACGCUGCACUGAUUGCGUGACAGGCUAAGUCACAUGGCUGCUCAGUUUGUUAGAUAGUAAUGUUACCGCUACAGGUGCAAGUCAGUUUUUUUUUCCCACUUAACAUUCAUUUUUGUGCAAGUGAUUAGCAAUACUUGCUGUAUUAAAAGUUGCUUUAUUAGCACAAGUGAGAAUUUGUCUAGUUAAAAUUCACUGGAUCAGUUUUUGGUCACUGUCGCGAUUAGAUUUUUUAACAUGAUUUUAUACUAAGCAUGUUUAGCUAGUGUGAACCAGGUAUUAAACCACAUCACUCUUUGACUGUGAGAUUAAUUACCCAGACUCCAGAAACAGACGUUUUGAGCGCCAGCUUUUCGUUAGAGCUAAUCCCAAUACCAACUAGAUUUGUUAUCUGCUCACCAAUAUAAAUUUGUUUCUUUGGGACAAAAUCAAAAUCUUGAUGAAAUGCCAACAGUCUAAUCUGGUCACGAGAUUAAUAUUAUGAUCGAUUGCUUAAUUGUGACAUGAAGGCCUGGUUACCCUGCGUCUACGCUUUCCGUUGGAUAUGGCCUGUAUCAUAGCCUUCAAUGUGACCCAGCUCGACCGAGCUUUUAGUUUACUGAAGACGUUUCUAGAGUUGUAUUUCGACAUUUUGAAUAGACUACAUAUUGCAUAACUACGCCUUUGGUGGAAUAUCUUUUGAACACAGCACAGAUGUACGUUUAUGAAAAUAAAAAUAGAACCAGUGCCAUUACGAAUGUCUCCCUGUAUGAAGAUUUCAAACUUAUGAUGUUCACGGUUUCACUGACAGUUUGACCGUGUUAGUGAGUAUGCCAAAGCCUGAGUGGCCGGCAACAGAACAGGUGCACAAGGGACUGGUCAAAACGUAUUGGGGGUGAGGGGGUGGGCCAGAGCAGAGAGAGGGGGAGGGUGGGUCAUUCAUUUUUGAGCCAUUGGUAAGGAGUGGUCGGUCAACUUUUAGCUACUCAUGGGGGUGGUUCAUCCUAUUUUAUAACAAAUAAUUUAAGUCUAGAACUACUGGAACAGUUGGCCACACACUUAAAUUUUGUACGCAUCAAGUCGUAAUUAUUUGAGAAGUAAAAAACAUGCACCGUGUUUCUGUUUAACAAUUAGAUUAUUCGCUCUCGAUUUCUCUCGCGUAAUAGUUGACGAAGGCGCAAGCAUAGAAAUCGAGAGCGAAUAACUCGAUUGUUUUUGUGUAAAUCUACUCUUCGUUCAAAACUUUUGAAUAUUGUCCUUUUGAAUAUUGUCCUCUUCACAGACACCUCGAAAACGGGGCCGUCAUUUUGUUAAC